CCGCACCUGAAUAGUCCUUCUGUUGGUGACAGUAAGGCUACUUUGGUCUUAAGAACUAACACAAGCAAGAGAAGAGUGAUGUGGUUUUUGCUGUAAGCCAAUAGCGUUCUCUAGCUUUCCCUUGCCUUGAUGUGCUGGGGAAGGUGAUCCGUGCUGCACGUAGCAUCAAGAAACCCAGAACUGGUGGACCCUGGAAGGUCAACAUCUUGUAGAGUGUGCUGGAGAAGACAUGGCUUUGACAAUUGAAACGGAAUCACGGAUCUACCGCUCCCUCAGAACUGCCUUUGGUGCCGCCGCACACUUUGUCUCUCUUGGAUUUACCAUCUUUGUAGCUGUGCUUGCCAGACCUGGAUCAAGUCUGUUCUCCUGGCAUCCUUUCUUAAUGUCUCUUGCGUUUUCCUUCCUGAUGACGGAAGCCCUGCUGGCUUUCUCUCCAGAGAGCUCCUUCCUCCGCUCCUUCUCCCGGAAGGCCAGGGUUCGCUUCCACUGGGCUUUGCAGCUGCUUUCCCUCAUCUGCGCUCUGCUGGGCUUGGCCAUCAUCACCUAUAACAAAUACCUCAAUGGGAAGGACCACUUUGUCACCUGGCAUGGCCAGACCGGCUUGCUGACGGUGCUGUACGCUAGCAUGCAGUGCAUGGGGGGGCUGGCUCUGCUCUACCCCAAAUUGCUGAAGAAUUGGACCCUGACCAAACUGAAGCUCUACCAUGCCACAUCAGGUCUGAUCGGCUACCUUCUAGGCUGCGCCAGUUUGACGCUGGGGAUGUGCUCCUUGUGGUUCACCACAUCAGUGACGGGCGUCUCCUGGUAUCUGUCUUUGCUGUGCCCCGUCCUCACCAGCCUGGUUAUCAUGAACCAAGUGAGCAAUGCCUACCUCUACCGCAAAAGGAUCCAGCCUUGAAAACCAUCUCCGAACAGACCCCUUAUGGGAUCCUUGAAGAGAGUUGCAGCACCAAGACUGAAACAUCUGUUUUUACCUGCCUAUAACAUUGUAUUGGAUUUUAAAAUCAAGACUGACUUUCCCCGCCCUGCUGUUUACGUCCUGGAGAUGCCUAUACUGUUAAAACAGCUUCCUUGCAGUGCCAGUGCAGCAUUCUGUGUGAAUAUCUCUGGAAAUACAUCCUUGCCGGGGCUGCGUAGGGGCCCAGUGGCAGUCUGAGGGUGCCUCCUUGUGAAAGAACAACAGACGCAGCGCUUAGACAUUUCCAGAUCCGGCCAGCUGCUGGAAUUGAAAGUAACGCCAUUUUAAGCACAGGCACACACCUGUCUUCCUCCAGCUGCCUUCCUCUUGCUUAAGUGUUUCGGCUGCAGAAGUGAUGCAGGCUUGGGGAACAGAUGAACCUUCUGAAUGGGGGAAGGGCUGGCUUCUUGUCAACACAGUGUUGUUUUUUAAGUAAAGGGCAGAGGUUUUUUUUGUUAAAAACACCUGCGGACAAACCAUAUAAACUAAGCAGCCUUAGGAGUGACUAUGUAAUGAGGUGGUUCAUGUGACAUGACAGCCCACCAUGGCUUAAUUUACUUAUUGGGUGGGAGGUGUCACAUACUGGUCACCAGUUUUGCAUGGGGCUUGGGAUUGCUUGAAGAUUAGACAACCCUCAAAUAACCUGUGGGUUGUUUCAGAGUUUUUGAAGCUUGUCAAGCAACUUCUGCUGCCCGGAUUUGCAUGAUACAGCAAGCUGGUGCCAUGCACGAAUUUCACCAGGGGCAUGACACGACAAUUCCUUGGGUAAAUUAAGCCACGCAAGGCUAGUAUAAUGGGUGAACAGGCCAAAUGUAUGAUGGUUAGGAGAAAACACCAUGUUACAUGCGGGCGUGGUGGUGUGGAAUCUAGAAGAAAAAAAGUGGCAGAGGAGGAUGUCGGCACUGAACCAUUCCCCCACCUGUUCCCUUUGCCUGGAAUUCAAACGCACAUAGAGCAGCCUUCCCCAACCUUGUGCCCUCCAGAUGUGUUAGGCUACAAUUCUUAACAAGCCCCAGCCAGCCAUGCUGAGAAUUAU